UUCGUUCGUGAUAAGAAUACCGAAUAUGAUAUAUGUGUAUCGGAGAGCCUCGGUGAAUAUUACGUGCCAUAACCUAAACGUGACACCACGAACCUAAUUUAUGAAUCAUAUGGAGCCUACGCUGUACACAGUCAAGGGAAUGGCCAUCCUUGACAACGAUGGCAACAGGAUACUGGCAAAGUACUAUGACAAAAAUGUGUUUCCAACGUCGAAAGAGCAGAAAACGUUUGAGAAGAAUCUGUUUAGUAAAACGCACCGAGCAAACGCGGAGAUCAUUAUGUUGGAUGGUUUGACUUGUGUCUACAGAAGUAACGUAGAUUUGUUCUUCUACGUUAUGGGCAGCUCACACGAAAAUGAAUUGAUCUUGAUGAGUGUCCUGAACUGCCUGUACGACUCAGUAAGUCAGAUCCUCAGGAAGAACGUGGAGAAGAGAGCGGUAUUGGACAGCUUGGACAUAGUAAUGCUAGCUAUGGAUGAAAUUUGCGAUGGCGGUAUAAUUUUGGAUGCGGACGCGACAAGCGUGGUGCAGAGAGUAGCCCUGCGUACGGAUGACAUUCCACUUGGGGAACAAACAGUGGCACAGGUAUUGCAAUCAGCCAAGGAACAGCUUAAGUGGUCAUUAUUAAAAUAAGUGUUUCCUUUUCAUAGGAUUAUUUCCCGUGUAGAGACACAUGUUCGUAAUACAUACCAUAAAAUAUUAUUAUUAUUGUAUGAUAUAAGAAUUUAAUGAAAAUGUCUAUAAGGAAUUUAAA